GCUAUAACUGCGACGUGGCCCUCAAUGAAAACAAAUUUGACAUCCCUGGUCUACAGGAUUGGGUAUCAUUUUCUUUAAACUUAUUAUCAGAAACAUGUUUCUGAAGGUAUUUAUUAUUAUUCAUUUUUACAGGUCGGAUCGCAGCAACGUGCUUCGGUUAAAAAUCAUUGUGAGUCCAUUUAAAUGUUGACAAAUGUAUUUUUUAGAACAUCGACCAACGUUGUAGUUUGUUAUUGUCUGCAUUUUGUGCCAAGAUGGAAAGCGAUGCAUGUGGACAGAAAUGCAGUUUGCUUACAUUGCACUGAACACCGAACUCUUUGUUGAAGUGUGAAGUGGCGUUUUGCAGAGUGCUGGUAUACACAGUCUGCCAGCUCCUAUUAAUAGUCAAAUAGGGAGACAGCAAAUGUCUUUUGAGGUCAUUCAUUCCUCUCCUCACUUCUCUUUUGAAGCAAAGAUAUGAGCUUGUUAGGCAGGAUGAGAAACAAGCAUAUCCAAAGAAAACAUACCCAUUAAGCAGCUGUUUCUUCUUCAGUGCCACCUGAAAAUUGCAUUGACGGGUUGCAUCCCGGAUAUUUUCAGCUGUUUUUCCCCAUGCCACAUCCGACUUCCUCUAGACUCACUUCACAUAUUUUGACUCCGAAAUAAUAACAGCCGGUCUUCAUGCAGUGUAUAAUCAUGUUUUCUUUUUUUUUUGCUGGAGUGAAUGCUUGCUGUAUUCUUAUCAAAAUGUGACAUUUUAAACAUGUGUAAUUGCUUUCCCUUCAGAUUAAAAUUCUUGCAUUCACAAGGAGUGUUCCAUUCACAAGUAAUUGGAUGAGAGUCCCUUUAGCCCCCUGCAACUAAAGAUGAUGUUGCCAUGGAAACAAAUUGUUCUCCUAUCAAUCACGGGAUGCCUUGCAGCCUGUACCGAGGAUGCCAUAUUUCAAGGCCCGAGAUUCAGGACGGAGCCAAGUGACCUCGUUUUGCCGUUCACCUCCCCCAGCCAGCAGGCUACCGUCAUGUGCGAGGCAGAAGGCAGCCCGCCUCCACAGUACAGAUGGUCACUAAACGGAACGCCUAUCGAUCUUGGGAACGACUACAGGCGUCGCAUGUCUGGGGGCAGCUUGAUCAUUAGCAACCUGGACAAGGACCAAGACACCGGGACGUAUCAGUGUAAAGCCUUCAACGCCUGGGGGUCGGUCUUGAGCCGGAAGGCGACCGUCCAAUUUGCAUAUCUCGAUAACUUCCGAACACAGACGGUCAGAAGUACAGUCAAUGUCCGGGAAGGCCAAGGAGUGGUUCUCUUAUGUGGCCCACCUGCACAUUCUGGAGAGCUGACUUUUGCGUGGAUCUUCAAUCAAUAUCCGCAUUUUGUCCAACAAGACAGUCGCCGCUUCAUCUCACAAGAGACCGGAAGUUUGUACAUCGCCAAGGUGGAUCCCUCGGAUGUGGGCAACUACACCUGUGCGGUUAACAACAGCGUCACUAAGGAGAAGAUGUUAAGCUCUCCUACACCGCUGGUCCUCAGGAGUGACGGAGUAAUGGGGGAAUACGAACCCAAAAUAGAAGUGAAUUUCCCCGACUCGGUUCCAGCGGCCAAAGAGUCACUUGUGAGACUGGAAUGUUUUGCUUUGGGAAACCCUGUUCCAGAAAUUAGCUGGAGAAGAACCGGUGGAGUCCCUUUCCCCAGCAAAGUCAAGAUGAAAAACUCAAACGCUGUUUUGGAAAUCCCACAUUUUCAACAGGAAGACGCCGGGACAUAUGAAUGCGUUGCGGAGAACCGACGUGGCAAAAACACUGCACGGGGUCGAAUUUCUUUCCAUGCCAAACCUCACUGGUUCCAGACAAUGGCUGACACAGUUCUGUCCAUCCAACAAAAUCUGUUCUGGGAAUGUAAGGCCAAUGGAAAGCCCAAACCAUCGUACAGCUGGCUGAAGAACGGAGAGCAAGUGAUGCCAGAGGGCCGGAUACAAAUCGAAAACGGGGCUCUUUCCAUAACCGCGUUAAACCUGUCCGAUUCUGGAAUGUAUCAGUGUGCGGCCGAGAACAAACACGGCAUUAUUUAUUCCUCUGCCCAACUAACAGUGUUAGCGUCAGCUCCCAGUUUUUCUAAAAAUCCAUUAAAGGCAGUGCUGAAAGCUGGCUUCGGUAGCGAAGUCACUCUUGAAUGCAAGCCUCAAGCUUCACCUCCAGCAAUUAGCCUGUGGAAAAAGGACAACGAACCGCUACAGAGAAAUGAAAGAAUUAUUUUGCUUCCUAAUGGAACACUAAAGAUUACCAAUGUAACCAGAGGGGAUGCGGCCAGCUACACAUGCAUCGCGAAGAACCAGUUUGGCUCGGCGACCACCACUGGGAGGCUGCUUGUCACCGAGCCAACCAAAAUCACCGUGAGGCCCACAAACAUGGAGAUUAUUGUUGGCGAGAGUAUCGUCUUGCCCUGCCAGAUUGCUUCCGAUCCUGCUCUGGAUGUCUCUUUCUCGUGGGCAUUUAAUGGCCAGCUCAUCGACUUCCAGCAAGACGCCGAUCAUUUUGAGAGAGUGGGUGGGACUAUAUCGGGGGAUCUGAUGAUCCGCAACAUACAACUGAACCAUGGUGGGAAGUACGUCUGCGUUAUUGACACUGAGGUUGAGAGUCUGUCCGCCUCUGCCAUCCUGGUUGUCAAAGGUCCACCAGGCCCUCCAGACAAAGUGACAGUGGAGGAAAUCACAGACAGCACCGCACAGCUUUCCUGGACUCCUGGAAGAGAUAACGGCAGCCCCAUAACCGGAUACAUCAUCCAGGGUCGGACCCCUUUUACCGUGGGCUGGCAGGCUGUUGAGACGGUGCCUGAAGUGGUUAAUGGCAACACGCUGACUGCAACGGUGGUGGGUUUGAACGCUUGGGUAGAGUACGAGUUCAGAGUUGUGGCACGCAAUGCUGUGGGCCUCGGUAAGCCCAGUCCCGCCUCGGCUAAAACCAGGACAGAAGAUACUAUUCCUGAUACGGCCCCGACUGAUAUCGGAGGAGGAGGCGGCACAAAGUCUGAAUUGGUGAUAACAUGGGAGCCUGUUUCUGAAGAAGUGCAAAACGGCGAGGGGUUCGGAUACAUCAUCGCCCUCAGGCCCGUGGGAACGAUUACAUGGACGCGGGCCGUCAUCUCCACACCUGGCGUUGCACGUUAUGUCUUCCACAAUGACACCAUCCCGCCCUUUUCACCUUUCGAUGUGAAAGUCGGGGCGUUCAACAAUCGAGGGGAGGGGCCCUUCAGCUCUAUCGCCACCGUGUUCUCGGCAGAGGACGUCCCCAGUGUGACUCCUAAGACGGUUAGAGCUCGGAGUGUGUCUGCAACACAAAUUGAAGUGAUCUGGGAAAGUCUUCCAGCCAUCCCUGAAAGAGUGCUUGGAUAUGAGGUCAUGUACUGGGAAGACGACACCAAACCUGACACUGUGGGCAAAGUUCGCAUAUCGGGAAACGACACCGUUGUCAACAUCACAGGCAUGAACGCAAACACAAUCUACUAUCUCGCCGUGUCCGCCUGCAAUACGGCUGGCCCAGGGCCGCAGUCGGUGCCCAUCAACAUCACAACGAAGAAACCGCCACCUAAUCGAGCACCUCUCAACAUACAAUGGUCCAUGAUUGGAUCGACACUUUCAAUGCAUUGGGAUCCUGUUGUAGCCAUGGAGACAGAGUCAAAAGUCACUGGCUAUUUGGUGUUGCUGAAAAGACAUCGUUACAAUGAUAUCAACACCUUGGUCACCAAUAAAACCUCUGUGGAGCUCAGCCUGUCCUCCAACGAAAACUAUCUCAUUCAGAUCAAGACCACCAGUGAGGGCGGUGAAGGUGUGGGUAGUGAACCCAUUCACAUCCACAAAUUAAGCAUGGGAGCGCGGGGCUCAGGAGCAUACUGUCUCAACCCAUUAAACCUGGCUGCAGUCCUCAUCAGUGCCGUGGCCUGUUUCAUCUGGUGAUGUCUAGUCAGAACCUUCAACACUUCCUUCCUUCCCAGCAAUCCCCUUGAGUGAGCCUGUCCUAAUGUUACCCCUCCAUUGGAGGGCCCAGGGUACAGCGGUAGGACUUGGGGUUCUCCAAAGGCCAAAAUGUUCAAGGGGCCGUUAUCAGUAAAGACUUCAUGACAAGGAUGUAAUGAUUUGAGUGCAUGAUACCGUAUAAUAUAGUUACAAGUGCCACCAUGCUUUUUGCAUUUCCGAGGUCAUGUCGUCGAAAUGACUUAUUCUUUGUAUCUGGAAGCGAUACCAAUGCCUUAAAAUCAAUUUUACAUAUAUUCUUAAGGUCAACCGCUCUGUGGAAAGAUGAUCCACCGUCCCUUAUGGCCUUUGUUAACCAUCUCAAACAUGAAGUUUCUCUUAGCAAAUGUGUUACAGUAAAUUCUGUCAUAUCAACUGUUUGGCCAGACAAAUCCAAUUUGCAAUCCUAGUAAUCCAAGUAAAUCUGUCAUUGGCUUGUGAGCAUCAGGUCUUCUCGACCAAUACAGUGAAAUGACUUAUUCUUUGUAUCUGGAAACGAUGCCAAUGCCUUAAAAAUCAAUUUUACACAUUCAUUCCGAACCAAAUUAAGAAAUAAUG